UUUCUGAGAGCAAAGUUUCUGUUUUAAUGACAAUGGCUGAAGGAGAUGUGUUGCUCGCAAAAGACCCUGAAGGUUCUGAGACAUGUACAGCUGAGGUCCCUACAGUGAAAGACAUAGAGCAGCUUUUGAACACUGGAUUAUCUUCUUGUAACCACACUGAUGAAGUAUGGCCUAACCUCUUCUUAGGAGAUCUAGUUACAGCUCACAACAGAUUUGGUUUAUGGAAGAUGGGCAUUACCCAUGUUUUAAAUGCUGCCCAUGGCACAAUGUUUUGCCAAGGAGGCCAAGACUUUUAUGGCACUACCAUUGAUUACUAUGGCAUACCAGCCUAUGACCUUCCAGACUUCGACAUAAGCCAAUACUUUUUCUCUGCAGCAGAGUUUAUACAUAAAGCCUUGAACACACCAGGAGCUAAAAUUUUGGUGCACUGUGCGGUUGGAAUAAGCAGGUCAGCUUCUUUGGUGUUGGCAUAUCUCAUGAUAAAUCAUCACCUCCCCUUGAUCAAAGCCAUCAAAGCAGUGAAGGAACAUCGAUGGAUUUCACCCAAUAGAGGGUUUCUAAAACAGCUGCGAAAUUUGGACAUUCAGCUACGGCAAACAAGAGGCUGUUGAUCAGUGAAUAGAUCCAAACUAUCUUUAAGUUACUUUCUAGGAAUGUUCUCAUGAAAAUUUGGUCUUCAGAAUCACUGCACUUAUUAAAUGUAUCUACUAGCAAUACACUUUGGCGACAAAUAAAAAUACAUACUA